AUGUAUUGUACAGGUAUAGAUGUACUGAUGCCCGUGGCUGGCCCGUACCGGAGGCCCGAAUUGCCGGUGCAGGUAGCUAACGGCUCCGGUGUUACGGUCGACACCCGAUCAGACCCGCCGACUCCGCGGCGGAGACAGCAGACUCUGCUGUCUCUCUGCUGCAGAGUGGUGUACGCUGGUCUGAGCUGGGACGCAAUCACGGGCACCAUGUCCGUCAACGUGGAGCGUCUGCCGGCACGAGCGCUGAUAGCAGCGCUCCGGGCGCUCUGGUCUAGACGUCACUUGAGUCAGGAGGAAGACGGCGACGAGGGCGUCCUAGUAGGACUCCUACAGACUGCGGCAAGCGCGGCCGCGGCUGAUUUAACGCGGCUGCGAGAGCCCUUGAGCUUCGGCGAGGAAGCUGCGAGCUGCGGUCGCCGCGCUGCCCACACCUACACCACCCCGGGCCCACGCCUCGCAUAUUCAAUUCUGCCACUACCCAGCACGCGCCACCCGUUGAACCGCCCGCGCUCGCAAUCCGAGUCGCGUGCUGCAGCACGCGCUUCAGCUCGUCCUGAAAAAUCAGCGGCAGCAGGUUUUCUGAAUAUCGGAGCCCAACCAAAUACAUGCAGUGGAUCCACCCAUUUCCUCCUCCGCUCGCUCGUCGACAGGUUGAAGUCGCGCCCAGAUCCGAUCGCAGCCACUUGGGCGGCGGCGGCCGGAGUAUAUUCCGUUCGUGUCCGCGACGAGAGCACGACGGACACGCCUCGCCUUGCCUGCUUCAAGCAGGCUGCUUGUCCACCGAGAGCACUGCGAAGACCGACAAGAGGACAACGAACGAUCCUAUCCUCCCGCUUUCUCCGACUUCGCGCCAGCCGGCCGGCCGUUCAUUCGGCCGCCACCGGCACCGGCACCGCUCGGCCGCUCGCUCGCUCGCUCGCGCGCGCGAAUGCCGUGGAGUGCAGCAGCGCUGGGCAGUUCAACGCCGCCCGGCACGCCCAAAACGCCCAGCGCGCAGCAUUCUCUCUCUGCGGUGAGGUCAGCGCGCCCCGAGCCCCGGUGCCAGUCCGCCCAGCCUAUCUAUGCGGCACCGACACCCAGCGGCUUGCCCACGCCGCCACCGGCAGCAGCAGCGACGGCCGAGGCUACGGUCUUGAAUCAAGGCUCUUGAUAAUGGCCACGCCCAUGGGCUGUGGCCGUAUCGGGCCGCCAUUCGCGGCACCGCCAGCGCUCUGCGUGCGUCGCCCGUUGCGAUGGCGGAUUCACGCAGCAACUGGCCACGGUAGACAGGCGUGGGCACUAUAG